AUGGACGCAGAGCAUUUCACGUCAAAGACCAGCAAUUUUCCCAAGAAGAAGUGUGGCGUUCUCGGCGCCACAGGCUCGGUCGGUCAACGCUUCAUCCUACUCCUCGCGCUUCACCCACACUUCGAGCUGCACGCCGUUGGAGCCUCAGAACGAUCUGCCGGAAAGAAGUACGAGGAUGCGGUAAAAUGGAAGCAGGCGUUGCCGUUCAACGAGCGCAUCGGCAACCUCGUCGUUAAGAAGUGUGUAGCAGAAGAGUUUAAAGAGUGCGACCUGGUGUUUUCAGGGCUGGACAGCGAUGUUGCGGGUCAAGUUGAGAUGGACUUCUUGAAGGCCAACCUCGCCGUCUUCUCCAACGCAAAAAACUAUCGUCGCGAUCCCCUCGUCCCGCUCGUCGUUCCAACCGUCAACCUCCCACAUCUCGAUGUCAUCCCGCAUCAAAGAAACCACCAUGGUUUGGAGAAGGGAUUCUUGGUGUGCAAUUCGAACUGUGCAGUCAUUGGCAUAGUCAUCCCCUUCGCCGCGCUCCAAGCCAAGUUCGGGCCCGUUGAUCAGGUCUCGGUCGUCACGAUGCAAGCCGUGUCAGGUGCCGGAUAUCCUGGUGUCAGCAGCAUGGACAUCAUUGACAACGUCGUGCCCUUCAUUUCGGGCGAGGAGGACAAGCUUGAGACCGAGGCGCAAAAGAUAUUAGGUUCCGUCAACGGUGAGGUCACAGGUUUCGUGGACCAACCCAUGAAGAUAUCCGCAGCAUGCAAUCGCGUGCCUGUCCUCGAUGGACACACAGCUUGUGUAUCGCUGCGCUUCCAGAGGAGACCUCCGCCGAGCGCCGAGCAGGUCAAGCAGGCUAUGAGGGAGUAUGUCUCCGAUGUUCAGAAGCUGGGAUGCCCGUCCGCACCCAACAGGGCUAUUGCCGUGAUGGAUGAACCGGACCGCCCGCAGCCCAGGUUGGACCGGGAGACGGACAGAGGAUAUGCGGUCAGCGUGGGUCGUAUACGAGAGGACGAGACAGGCAUCUUUGACAUCAAGUUCGUUGCUCUGAGCCACAACACUGUUAUCGGUGCGGCGGGCUCCUCGAUAUUGAACGCAGAAGCAGCGGUACUGAAAGGGUUCGCAUAA